AGAACGCAAACGCUAGCGACCGCGCUAGCCAGUUUUGUUCUCCCGUUUGAAAUUUAUCUCGUUUUGUUAUGGCUACAAUGUCCGGAGGCGCUAAUCUCGGGGUUCCCGGGACAAGCCAAGCCAGCUCCGGAAUACUCGCACACCGGAAGAAAGACAGCAGCCCGUCCGCUAGGUUCUGGGAGAGUCCGGAUACUUUAGCCCAGCUGGAUGUGGUGCGGCAGUGGAUGGGGAAGCACUACAAAAAGUAUGUGUUGGUGGAUGCCCCGUCCUGUCAGGCUUUGGCUGCAGUCACCCUACAACUUCUCCAGUUUCAAGAGGAUGCCUUUGGUCGACAAGCUACCAACCCUGCACUUACCAAACUGCCCGCACAAUGCUUCCUGGACUUGCGACCCGGGGGUGGACUCUGUCACAUUCUUGGCACUGCUUACAAAUUCAAAGUCGAACAGGGCUGGCGAAGGUUUGACCUGCAGAAUCCAUCAAGAACUGAGAGGAAUGUGGAGAUGUUUGGUACGAUUGAAAAAGCACUGAUCCAGAACAACUGUAUGUCAGUGCCUGUGGUAUAUCUGGACCCUGCACUGGAUCAGGAGCUGGUUAGCAGACUGACUGGUAUCAUCACCAAACACCAGGGUACCCUCACUGAGGACAAAACGCUUGCCAGUCAUCACAUCUACACCUCACCACCUUCUACAGAGGAGGAUGAGUGGAUGCGUCCUGUCAUGCGGAAAGACAAGCAUGUCUUAGUACAUUGGGGAAUGCACCCUGAUAGUUACGAUAGCUGGCUGUCCUCAGGUGACGUUGAAGGAGAGGUUGAAGAGCUGCCGCAUCCAGAGAGGCCAUGGAGGGUCCAUGCUGGUUGGGUUCUGGAUACGGAUGUUUUCAAUGAAUGGAUGAAUGAGGAAGACUACUGUGUGGAUGAGAGGAAUGUACCGGUCAUCCUCCGCCAGCGUAUUCACCUCCAAGAUGACCAGGACUCAAAGUCCACCCCCUCCAAAAAGAGAAGACGUUCCCCCUCUCCUCCCACCUCUGAAGGCAGGAAGAAAGGAAAGAAGGGGUAA